AUUUUACGAAUUGAAAUGUUUUAAACUGCGGAAGACUUUGUUGAAAUUUCUAUCAAUAAAUCAAUUAAAUCAUUUCAAUCAUUUGAAAGGCAAAAGAUUACUGUUUACCAACACGAAAUAAGUUACGAUGGCUUCUCUUACUUCUGCAAACACUGCUAAGCUUUUAUCGUUGAUACGAAAUACGUCUUUAAUUUCUUCCUCAAAAAAUAUAUCUACUGCAGUACAACUGAAAGCAAAAGAUAAGGUAGUUGAACCAGGUUAUAAGGAUGUUGAAACUGCUAUACUGGAUCCUGAGGAACAGCAGCAUUUAGAAAAAAUGAAAAAGCACAUCACUACACUAGCUCUUCCUGAUAUUUCAUCAGUGACGGGAGUACCAGAAGAACAUGUUAAAAGUAGAUUGGUGAGAAUCUUUAAGCCUGCUAAAAAUCCCAUGCAAUCGGGUACUUUCAAUAUUAAGAAAUGGAAAAUGGAGUUUGAAACUAGACAGCGCUGGGAAAACUCUCUUAUGGGUUGGUCAUCAACGGGUGAUCCUUUGUCAAAUAUGAAUGUGCAGUUUUCUAGCAAAGAAGAAGCUAUAGAUUUUUGUGAAAAAAAUGGUUGGCCAUACUAUGUUGAAGAACCUAAAACUCCUGCUUUUAAGCCUAAAAGCUAUGGAGCAAAUUUUUCUUGGAAUAAAAGAACCAGAGUAUCUACUAAAUAGAUAUUUUAUAUGAACUAUUCUUAAUUGUAGUUAGAUAAUGAGAAAAUAUAUGUUUCAUAGUUUAUCAGUUCUAAUAAUUUGAAGUUAAUAUAUACAAUUAUACUGACUCAAUAAAUUGAAUAAUUUUGAUGGCUUA